AUGGAUUUCCCAAAAGAGGAAGAAGAAGUUCUUAGGAAGUGGAAGGAGAUUAAAGCUUUCGAGCGACAACUCGAGCUUUCUGAAGGAAAGCCUCGAUAUACAUUUUACGAUGGACCUCCUUUUGCAACUGGUUUGCCUCACUAUGGUCACUUACUCGCAUCCACCAUUAAGGAUAUUAUUCCUCGGUAUUGGUCAAUGAAAGGAUAUCACGUCGAGAGACGUUUCGGAUGGGAUACACAUGGCUUGCCAAUUGAACACGAGAUUGACAAAAAGUUUGGUAUUUCUGGAAAAGAUGCUGUCAUGAAGAUGGGUCUCGCAAAAUACAACGAGGAGUGUAGAGCUAUUGUUAUGCGAUACUCGUCGGAAUGGCGCACAACAAUUGACAGGUUAGGCCGUUGGAUUGAUUUUGAUAAUGACUAUAAGACAAUGGACCCAAAAUUCAUGGAAUCAGAAUGGUGGGUGUUCAGCCAGAUCUUCAAGAAAGGAUCUGUCUACCAAGGUUAUCGAGUUAUGCCAUACUCGACAGUUCUCACCACAGCUUUGAGUAAUUUCGAGGCAAAUCAAAAUUACCAAGAUGUCACUGAUCCAGCGGUUAUUGUAUCUUUCCCAUUGUUGAAGGACCCUUCCACAUGCCUCCUGGCAUGGACAACUACUCCUUGGACACUUCCUUCGCACACUGGUUUAGCAGCACAUCCAGAUUUCGAGUACGUGAAAAUUCACGACGAAGCAUCGGGAAAGAACUAUAUUCUGUUAGAAAAAUUACUCGGUACACUUUACAAGGAUCCGAAGAAGGCCAAGUUCAAGAUUGUGGAAAAGAUCAAGGGUAGUGACAUGCUUGGUUGGCAAUAUGAGCCGCUUUUCGACUAUUUCUAUGAAGAAUUUAAGGACUAUGGUUUCAGAGUCUUCAACGCUGCAUACGUCACCGACGAUAGUGGUGUUGGUAUUGUUCAUCAAGCGCCAGCUUUCGGAGAGGAAGAUUACAAUGUUGCAAUGGAAAACGGCGUCAUCGACGAAAAGCGACCAGCCCCAUGUCCAAUCAACGAGACCGGCCACUUCACUGAACAAGUUCGAGAUUUUGCAGGUCAACAUGUCAAGGCAGCCGACAAAGCUAUCAUUAAAUACUUGAAGGGCACUGGAAGGCUAGUUGUUGAAUCAACCAUCAAACAUAGUUAUCCUAUGUGUCCACGAUCGGACACCCCCUUGAUCUACAGAGUUGUUCCUUCUUGGUUCAUUAGAAUUCCUGAAAUUGUUCCUGCUAUGUUGAAGAAUAUCGAAGGAUCCCACUGGACUCCCUCGUUUGUCAAGGAAAAGCGAUUCGCCAGUUGGAUCGAAAAUGCCCGUGACUGGAACGUUUCGAGAAACAGGUAUUGGGGUACUCCAAUCCCUAUCUGGGUCAGUGAUGAUUACGAGGAGAAGGUAUGUAUUAGUAGUAUCGCCGAGUUGAAGGAACUCAGUGGCUACGAAGGCGAGAUAACCGACCUCCAUCGUGACAAGAUCGACCACAUCACCAUUCCUAGUAAGAUGGGCAAGGGCCAGCUGAAACGAAUUGAGGAGGUCUUUGAUUGUUGGUUCGAGUCUGGCAAUUAUGUCUUUGAUCCUUCUGCCGAAGCUACUAACACUAAUGUUAUGGAUCGAUGGAUUCUUGCCAGUUGUCAAAGUCUUCUUAAGUUUGUAAAUCAAGAGAUGGCAGGUUACCGACUUUACACUGUCGUUCCUCGAUUAUUGGAUCUUAUCGACAACACCACGAAUUGGUACAUUCGUUUCAACCGUAGACGUCUAAAGGGUGAAUAUGGUCUAGAUGACACUAAGCAUGCCCUUAACACCCUCUUCGAGGUUCUAUUUACCCUGACAAGAGGACUCGCACCAUUCACACCAUUUCUCACAGACAACAUUUAUCAACGGCUGUUGCCUCACAUUCCCAAGGAGUUACAAGCUGAGGAUCCACGAAGUGUACAUUUCUUGGCCUUCCCUGACGUAAGAGAAGAGCUCUUCGAUGAAGAGGUUGAGCGUCGUGUUGGUCGCAUGCAACGUGUCAUUGAGUUAGGCAGAGUUUCUAGGGAGCGCCGCACAAUUGGUCUUAAGACUCCUCUCAAAACUUUGAUUGUCAUCCACCAUGACCCAGUUUAUCUGGAAGAUGUUCGUUCUCUGGAAGGCUAUAUCACUGAGGAACUCAAUAUCAGAGAACUCGUCCUCACCUCAGAUGAAGCCAAGUACAACGUGCAAUACAGCGUCAAUGCCGACUGGCCAGUCCUUGGAAAGAAGUUGAAGAAGGAAGUGCAGAAGGUCAAGAAGGCUUUGCCAGGGUUGACAAGCGAACAGGUUCACAACUACGUACUAGAAAAAUCAAUCAUUGUCGAUGGAAUCAAGCUCGAAGAAGGAGAUUUGGUCGUUAAGCGGGGUCUUAAGGAUGAUGAAUCCUCCAAGAAUCUUGAGACUAACACAGACGAGGAUGUUCUUACUAUCUUAGAUGUAGAGCUCCAUGCAGACCUCGCCGACGAGGCAUUGGGACGAGAAAUCAUCAAUCGGGUACAAAGAUUGCGCAAAAAGGCUGGUCUUCAACCAACGGAUGACAUUAAAAUGGAGUACAAGGUCCUAGAAGAUCCUUCUAGCAUUGGUUUGCGUGAAGCUUUCACGAGUCAAGCACAGGCAAUUGAGAAGGCUUUGCGCCGACCCCUGCAUGAAGCUGAAGGAAAUGCAGCGGCAGAAAGUAUCAUUUUGGAGGAGGACCAGGAGAUUCAAAAGGCCACAUUUUCGCUUAGAUUGUUGAAGUUAUGA